ACAAGUUCUCCGAUCAACGCCCGUCGGAAUAGAAUAGAGUCAUCGAUAUCGUUUCUCUCUCUCUCUCUCUCUCUAGGGUUUCUUCAGAGAUUCAACCUUUGUUUGCCUAUUAGAGCUGGAAAUGGACGUAGCAGCGACCGCCGUCCGAUCACCGGCAACUCCUUCGAUCGUAUUAGGAAGACCGAGGAAUGGACCCUGCUUAGCUCGGUUUGGUUCCAAUUUUCGGUUCUCCGGUAAGCUUUGCACCUCUGUAUCUAUCCCCAAGCAAGGUCAUAGGAGGCUCUCUUUUGGAAGUAGAAGAGGCUUAGUAGUCAGAGCUGUAUCGUCUCGGGACUCAUCUGAAUCAAGUGCCAAGAUUGCUCCUCUUCGGCUGGAAUCCCCAAUUGGGCAGUUUCUUUCUCAGAUUUUGAUAAAUCACCCGCAUCUUGUGCCUGCUGCGGUAGACCAGCAGCUUGAGCAGCUCCAAACUGACCGUGAUGCUGAUAAACAAAAGGAAGAUCCUUCUGCUUCAGGCACUGAUUUAGUUUUGUACAGGAGAAUUUCCGAGGUGAAGGCUAAUGAAAGGAGGAAAGCUCUGGAAGAGAUCUUGUACGCUCUGGUGGUGCAGAAGUUCAUGGAUGCUAAUAUUUCUCUGAUACCCUCCAUAACCCCUGAUACAUCUGGUAUAGUUGAUUCGUGGCCUAACACCAAUGGGAAACUUGAGCAGCUUCACUCACCUGAAGCAUAUGAGAUGAUCCAUAACCACUUGUCUCUCAUUCUGGGCAACAGAGUAGGAGAUUUAACAUCCAUUGCUCAAAUCAGCAAACUCAGGGUAGGGCAGGUCUAUGCAGCAUCAGUGAUGUAUGGUUACUUUCUCAAGCGAGUUGACCAAAGGUUCCAACUGGAGAAGACUAUGAAAAUUCUUCCAGAAGAGAAUAGUGUUCAUCAAACUGUCAUGGAUGAUACAAGGCCUGGUAGUGGAGAGGGAGCUUCUCAAGUUAUGUCUCAUCCUGAAUUAUCUACCUGGUCUGGUGGUGACAUCAGUCCUGGUGGAUUUGGCUAUGGUAUAAAGCCGACCAGGUUGCGUAACUAUGUGAUGUCCUUUGACGGUGAUACCCUACAGAGAUAUGCAACAAUAAGAUCCAAAGAGGCUGUGAGCAUUAUUGAGAAGCACACAGAGGCAUUGUUUGGAAGACCUGAAAUCGUCAUAACACCUGAGGGGGCAAUCGAUUCUUCAAAGGAUGAAAACAUCAAAAUUAGCUUUGGUGGUUUAAAGAGACUUGUUUUAGAGGCUGUGACUUUUGGCUCUUUUCUCUGGGAUGUCGAGAGCUACGUGGACUCAAGGUACCAUUUUGUCUUAAACUGAGUUCGGCUUUCUUCCAUACAUCCCAAGGCAUAGUUUAUUGGGGAUUGGUACUGACUAAUGGAGUAUAAUUUAAUGUAACUAAUAAAAAUCCAAAUAUUGUUCACUAAUUGAUCUGUAUAUACUAUAUAGUGAUAGUGGCUCUGGAUUUCAUUAAUGAAGGGAAGGUUAUCUUCAAGGUAGAUAUUUACUUAGUUAUUUACCCUUUUUGUUACCCGAAACAAAUCCUUACAGAUAAAGUUGCUGCUUUUGUGAUUGUCAUGUUGUAUAAUGGUUGGGUGUUACCUGUUGGAGGUUAUGAGUUUGAGAGAGAAGGGUUUAGAGGUGCUUGAAGUAUUAUACCAAGAGACAUCAAGUUUGGAAUGUUCAACAGUGUUACCUCCAGCUUAGGAAACCCUAGAUAUAAUACAAGCUAUUGGGCUCCAGCUCAUAUGGACCCAAAUAAUCAUGCUUUCCCUUAUUGGGCUUAUAUGUGAACAUACUAUUGGAUUAUAUUAUUAAUAUACCCAACAUUACCUCUCUUUCCCCUUUUCUAUCUGGUUAAGGUGGCUUAAUUUGCUAUGUAGGUAUUGCACCAUACUGUUUGUUUAUAUGAGAUUAUGGGUUUGCUUGGUCGAGUAGGUGAUGAGCUUGAAAAGAGAGGUCCCAAUGAAAAUGACUUCUUACUGAAGUGAAUUUUAUUUUCUACUGUAACUGUAACAUAGUUUUGUUAUAUAUAACAAAGUAUAAAGUCAUUUUUAUUGCAAAUAUUGUAACUUUUCACAU